GCAGCAUGCCGAUCUCCUCCACCUCUUUGACGGCGAACAGCGCGUAGCCUGCCGCAUGCUCGAACAACACGUGCAGCAGCACCUGAGGGAGGUGAAAGCGUUGGAUUAAGGAGCGAACCAGACAUCUACUGACAUAAGGAGCAUGGAGAAGAGUGACUGAAGGAGGCUGUUGAGGAGCGGAUGUGAGGGAGGACAGUAAAAAAACUCAGGCAUCGGGAGAGGGCUUGAUAUAAAGGCGGACUGUGGGGGAUGAGCCGACACUCAGACCGGUGCAGCUCUGCUCAUCUUAAAGCACACUUCCUUCAGCAACUGACCAAAGCUCACACGACAGAGCAGGAUGAGCAUGCGCGGAGCAGUGACCGGUUGCGUGGUGCUGGCGUGCCUGGUGGCGCUGCUGGCCGAGAGGACGGAGGGACACAUCACCUUCUUCAGCCCGAAGGAGAUGAUGCUGAUGAAGGUAGGCAGCUCGCGUUUGAUUGGACAGCGUGCGGCGGAAGUAGAGCGAGAAGGUAGAAAGGACAUGGAGCCUAGAUCGGAGGAUGGUCAGUUUGAAGACGUCACAGUUCAACAGCUUCCUCAGAUGGAACGUGGCGGAAAUCCUGAUAAAACAGUGGAGAUUGCCAUACGCCUGGAUCACGUGGCUCCGGUGCUUGAGGAGAUCAUCCAUGAAAUAGUGGAGGAACGUCAGAAAGCCAAAUAGCGAGGCCUGAAGACGUGACGGAAUGAACGCUGUACAAAUUCUUCAAAAAGCACUGAAUGCUCACACGUUUUGCUGUGUUUUAAUGAAUGGAGUCAAUAAAGGGAAGUGAUUGUGCCACUUAUUGGAACCUGAGAA